UGUAACCGGAGUGCGUGCCAGAGUCAACACUUGCCUUUCGUGUGGAUCGUGAUUUCAGUGCGCGGGAGAGCCACGCGGAGAUGGCGCAGUUCGGCGUCUGUGCGCAACGCGCUGCGUUUCCCAUUUUUGGACCGUACGGGGACGACAGAGAGAUAGAGAGAGAAAAACGAUCGUUAUUAAAAUCGUUUCACCGGCGUCCGGCGACCGGUGGUGGUGGACCAAGUUUGAUGAUGAUAAGUCUCUCCUUUAGUGGCCAUCCCCGCUCGCCACGGAACCUCUCGUGUGGUUUCGUUCGCGCAUCUGUACGGAAGGGGUUCGUCGCCAUGCACGCGCAUGAACGCAUCGAAGUGUUUUGAUGGACGAACGCGCACGCACCGCGGGCCGAUCGAUUUGAGCGGAUCGUUUGGAAAAGGAGAACUAAACGGCACGAAUAACUAACAUCACUCCGUUGGUGAGCUGUGGUUGCUGGAGCCUCUUCUAGAGUGCGCUAAGGGUUACCGCUUCGAGAGGUCCCAAAGAGCUCUCGAGCAGGAGUUGCGUGCAUUGAACAGUGCCUCAUUCCAGGUAGCAACAUUUGGGGUUUGAACUUCCGCACAAUCUACAAUCGAAGAGCUUAUUUUACGUUGUUGUCUAUUGUAAUAAUAGUGAAACUGUUUCAUCUUUAACACACUUUCAGAAAAAAAACACCCAAUUCUUUUGAAAUACCGAACCGGCCCAUUAUACCAGAAAGACUAUCUUUCGAUGACGUGCGUCAUCAAAACCCUUCUCUUAAACGCCUGCCGGGGAAAUGUGGGUUUUCCCCAAUGACAUAGUUGCCGCAGGUAGAUUUUGGUCCGCAGCCCCUGAUAAAUACUAUCACCACUGAUGGUGAGUUUCCCGUACUAGGGUGUUCCCUUCCGUAGUAUGGUGGGCGCGAUAUUAAUUUUGACGCAAGCGUUAUUCCCCCCUUCGUGCAAAAGAAGAUGGUGCGAAAGAGAAAUAGUUUCCGUAUCGAAUCGAAUCGGAUUAAUUCCGUUGCCAGAAGGCAUUUGAAUUUUAUUGUCAUGGAAACGAUCAACGAUCGCGCACAGUGAGUUUAGCAUGGUACGGUAUCUUCGGUGACUGUAGUUUUCUCGUUUAGCAUUUUAUUCUUUACCAAGCAGAAGAAGAGAAAACACUUUUUGUGAAACAGUGAAAUCAAUCAAAAUCAUAAAAAAUCUCCCAACUGCCGGCGAGCGCGUUGGGCAUUUGGUGAUGAAAAGGUUCGUCGUCUGUUUGCUUUCUAUGGGCGUUUAAGAUGAAAUCUUUCGUUUGUUACCUCUGCCGUCGCUUACUAAUGUAUUUUGGUAUUCGACUGUGUCGAUAAAGAUUUAUGUUAGGCGUAACUUCCCGCUAAACUCAGUGUGUAACGUUCAAAUGUGAACGUUCCCUGGAGAUGAUGCCUAAGAACUCUUCUCCGAGCCGGUUUCUUUGUGCGCACGUGCCUGUUUAACCACAGUAUCUUGGUGCAAUUGUCGGCAAAAAACACUCUGACCAAUAGCAAAAAAAGUAGAAUGCGAAGCGUAAAGAAAUACUGAGCACAAAAAAAAAGAAUAAUAAUCCGCUCUUACUUCCACCUUGAUUUUGUGGCGCGAUUCGCCGAUUAAAGCUUCUUCCUGGUUGUGUGUUGCUGUUGCCAUAGCUUCUUCCGCGGCUUGUCUCCCACGCAAUUUUGGCAGCACUUGAAAGGCAGCUUCGCAUCCCCCGCUGGCAGCUGCACCAAUCCCAAUCCCGAAACUCCCUGCAGCAUCCCAAACGCGAUGGUCCAACGGGGAAGACGAAGAUUAUUCGGCCUUUGCCUUUGUGCCGUACGUCUUGUCUACGGUCAAAAUACCCCUUGCCGUAAUAAAAUGCGCGCUGUCUCUGACUUCUUGAAAGUUAAGCUUUUGCCGGGCCGCACGUUGUUGGUCGUGGAGUGUGUGGGUCCACCACCGUCGUGCCUCGCCGCUGUAAGCGAAGGUACCACAUAUACACACACACACGUGCACACCGCUGCAGCCCACCUGACAACGGGCGCGCGCUAGUAUGACGGAAUGACAGCCCGGCAGCCUUCGAGGUGACCGCGAUUGAGAGCAGACCUCGAUCGAGGCAGUCAUCGUUGUGUGUGGAUGUGUGUUGUUGCUUUAGGGCCAAGCACCGUCCUGGCGUUCGAGCGUUUGUGAGCUUUGCGCUUGAGUCAUGCGCAAGAAGCGCUUCGGGGGUGAUCGUUACCAACACACGCGCAAGGAUAUGUGCGUAUCACCCUAGAGCACGUGUCGAGCUGAGAGUUAAUGUUAAAUAUUAUUAUUUUUGAAUCUAUUUCACGGAGUGUUAUGGCAAGUUUUUAUGAUAUAAUUGUACGAAAAUGUUUUAAACAUGAUUAUGACUUUUCUGUCUUUGUUGUGAGACUGCAAGAAUCAUCUUGUCUUAUUUUAAUACAAGUUUAUAUGAGGGAAAUGAACAGUAUUAUUCGAGGUUGAUAUGUUGCUGUAUACUUUUACUGUAGAUCGUAGCUUAGCUAUAUAUUCCUAAACUCGAGUAAAAUUUAAAUAACUAAGAUUGCAGCACCAUUUCUGGGGCAGCGUUGAAGUCUUUCGAUCCGAGUGCGUAUUAGCUGCUCGCAGAUAUUAUUCUCUCGCACUGUCGAUCUCUUUCAUAAAUCUUUACUUCUCCCUCGACAGAAGUGGCAGGUCCCAUCUUACCUUUUACCUCUCACGCCCCUCCAACCACCAACCGUACACUAUCGUUGACAUUUGCCGGAGCGGAGCUCGCUGGUUUGCGUAAGUGAGUGGGCAGCACCGUGCCAGAACGAGAGGCAUCAUAGGACAGGUACAUGUACGACGAAGAGAGAAAGAGAGAGAGAGAGAGAGAUAGAGAGUGAGAAAGAGGGAGAGAGAGUUGCUCAGCCUGCUUCUGGAUGAUGGUGUGCGUGUGAAGUCGAUCGUUUUCCAUCCGCUUCAUUGGUUCGCUGAUCGGUUGCCCUGGACUCUGGGAUUCCCUUUCUCUCGCUCCUGGCAAGUUCGGCGCUAAACGGAUCGGCGCAUUGCAUUGCUUGUGCAGGUGUGUUGGUGGGAGAGUUGUAAUAUCGAUGCCACACACACACACACAUACAGCUGCACAGUGGGUGAGGGAGGCGGAUCGCGGUAGUGGAACGCGCUGCCGGGUUGUUGGUGCUGUUGCCGUCGACGCUGAAGCGUUCCGUAAGCUUCGGUUGUUGGCUAGCAGGGUCGUGUCGUAUGUCUCAGAUCGUUACUGCUCUGCUGCCCCGUUGCUGCGCAGUUGCUAAGAAACGCAACGGAAAACGUUUCGUACGUGCGUCCCGCGGUUGAACGUUUCGUAGCGCUUCUCGUUAGUGGCAGAUUACGCUGCCACCUGCUUUAAACACGGCGAAUUUGUGCAAAAGGUUCGGAUUUGUGGUUUGUGUUAGAUGUGAACAGUGCAAACAUUGCGUGAAACAGGUCCGGAAGGACUUGAGGCGUCCGCUAGAGCCGAAAGGACGACCCUCUCUAUCUCUUUCUCUGUCUUUCAAAGCAGCACGGCAGUAGUGAAACGUGCUGAAUCUUCCGCUGGUUUGGCGGGGCUGCGGGUAACGUGCGAGGAAUAGUGAAGUGUGAUACAUACAGUAGCGUGCUGUAGGCCCAGCGUCCUCACUGAAAUCAGCACCACAAUCGCGCCCAAACUGUGCGCUUACACGGGGUGCGUGUGUUCUGCGUGUGGUUGUGCUGCCGUGUAGUAUAGAAUACGGUGCGAAGCUUUGCGUGGGCUGCCGUGAGUGUGUUCUUAACGGUAGGGCAAGGUAGCCAAGUGCCAUUAGCCUUUUGAAUGACAAGGAAUCGUUCGUCGGCUUAAAGUGUCCCGGGUUCGUCGCUUGUUUGGUCCAUACAUUGCAUUGAAGUCUUUCCCGUUGCCCAAGUGCAAUCGCAACCAGCCAGGUGCCCUGCAGUGAUGCGUGCGUGUGCGUUUACUGUUCGUUUGAAGUGAAUUCAGUGAGUGUUUCUUAAAAUUAAAAGGAGCACCUAUGAGUAGCCGAAAAAUAGUGAAUAUUGCUAAAUAUCUUCCAGUGGGAGCAUGGAGAUGUAGUGUUGCUUAGUCAAAAAGCAUAAAACAACACAAAUAAAACGCGGAUGUAAAGGCGUUAAGCGUGUGAUAUCGAACGGAGUAAGUGGAACCGGCGCUGCAGCGCGGAAAGAAAAGUGCAAUCAAAGUGAAGGAGCAAAAGUAUUAAAAGGCAAAAAUAGCGCCAGCCAAUAUUCGCGUGCGCCUUCCGGCAGCAGCAGUGCAGUGUAGUGAAUGUGUUUGUAUGUGUGUAUAUGUGUGUGUAAGAGUUCGAUUGGUAUGUAACGAAGGGCGGUUUUGUAUGUAGCUACUAAGCCACCAUCCGAGUCGUUGCACGGGCGGGAAAAGAGUAAAUUAAAUCAGCAGCAAAUCGUGUCUCUCCGCAGUCAUCGCUGUCGGGGAUAAACGCUCAGUUCCGGAACCGGAGCAGACAAAAAGAUUCAACUACACAACGAAAUGCCAUAACAAUUGAAGCUUCAGCAACCGAUGAAGCAUCAACGGAGCGGUUAAGUGCAAAGACAAUCAGAACCAUGUGAUCGACAGUAUCUUACACAAACACCAAUCACGCAACGUCUUCCGUCCAGUGCGUCAGUGAUUAAAAUUCUGUGAAUUAUCGUGAAACGAGCGUAGAAUUUUCCCGUACCACAUCGAAUCUCUGUCUUCCGUCCAAGCACAGCAAGUAGCAACCAGCGAACCCACCUCUAUGUAGCACAGAUCAGUUCAAACACACUCAAGCAUUGUGCCAUAGCGACAUCGAUAUCGUGACGUAAAUUAGCUGAAGCUGGAGUGAAACACGGCUUCCAAGCGUCAUCGUACAAAUUUGCAACUGUGUCUCAUUUUUAAUGUUAAACUGAUGAAAAGUAAAGGAAACGAGGAUCACUUCCAUUGCCUGUGAACAUGACCUGCUGGUGAUUCGCCAGUGUGCGUGACAACGAACUCUGUGCCAAUACGAACGUCGGCAGUGCAAAUUCAAGAUAUUUUGUAAGAGAACGAGAACGGGAGUGCCAAAAAAAACGAGCACUCACGCUAAAGAAGUGCAAUAGAAAAAGAGGAAAGAAAGUGUGAAACACCAUGUCUGCAUCGCCUGAAAUGCACCAUCAGCACCAGCAGCUGCAGCAGGAAGCGAACGCACCGCUGGAGAUGAAAUCGAACAGUGCGGAAGGAACGCCUCCACCCGAGCUGGCCACGAUGACGACCGUGAGUGUGCUGGAUCUGCACAAAGAUUAUAAUGGUGGUGGAGGUGGUGGUGGUGGUGGUACUGCUGAAAGUGGAGCUACGGCUGGUGCAGUCACGUCACCACACAUCGUCCACGAAGGUGCCACCGAUAUGAGCCUGCCGGACGAUGGCACAACGGAGAAGGUGUACGAUAAGGAUACGAACACUGUCUACGUGUACACCACUGCUGCCGGUGUUGCCGGGCAUAAGCUGGUGGUGAAUCCACAUCAUCAUCAGCUCACCACGAUCGUACACGGUGGGCAGCAGCAGCAGCAACAACAGCAGCAGCAGCAGCAGCAGCAACAAAUGGCUUCUCCUGAUCAACUGCACCCAAGUGAACAUCAUGCAGUUGCCGAACAGAAUCUGCUCCACGCUCGGCUGAUCCAGCAACAGCAACAGGCAGCUGAAGAACAGCAACAGCAGCAACAGCAGCAACAACAGCACUUGCAGCGAAUGUCUCCGGGAGAUCCGCAUCAGCAGCAUCACCAGCAGCAUUCGCAAGUCCACCCGGACGAUAGCGGCAUCAUCGAUGGGCAUCGUUUGCUGCCGGCAACUAUCAACGGUACCGAUGCGAGCGAUCCGCAGCAGCAUCAGCAGCAGCAGCACCAUCAUCUCGGUAGACUAUCGCCCGAGGAUCAGCAACAGCAGCAAGCGCAUCAGCAGGGUGGUGUUAGACUGCUCGAGGACAGCCACAUUCAGCGGCUGCUGGGCAAUCAGGAAAUAAUCAGCCGCGACAUCAUCAACGGGGAGCAUCACAUCAUCACGCGCAACGAAAACGGUGAGACAAUCCUGACUCGCAUUGCCAUCUCCACCGCUGACCAGCUGCUAAACCGAAUGGACAAUGGCAUCAUCUACACGACGACCGGGGGUUCGACCGGCGUGAUUGGUGCUGGACCGCAGGAACAGCUUCCCACCACGGUGCUGCAGUACGAGAAGGACGUGGAGGACAAACAUCAGCCCCAGCAGCAGCAGCAGCAGCACCAUGGUCAUGCGCACGCCGCCCAUCAGCCGCAGACAAUCUACGCAACGGCUGGCGCUGCACCGGAUCAAACCGGGCAAACGAAGCAGAUCGUGUAUGCGCUCGGCGGAGGAGAGCCCAAGAACGUGAUCUACGGUGAUCCCAAGGCGGCAAUGCCACACUUUGAAGCGGUGUCGGGAGCCGGUAGCGGUGCCGGCAGCGGUGGGCCCGGUUCGGUUGAGGAAGAGAAGCCCCAGAUCGACUACGUGUACAACGAGGGUAACAAAACGGUCAUCUAUACCGACCAGAAGGGGCUGGAAAGCUUGUACGCGAACAACGAGCUCGGCCUGAUGGACGGUACGCAGAUCGUGGUGCAGAGCAAUCUGUACACGCAGCAGCAAGGCCCGGACGGUACGACGGUGUACGUUGUGUCGUCGGACAUGAACCCGGAGGACAUCAAUGGACUGCAGCAAAGCACCAAUGCCGGCGCCAAGCUCAAUGGACAAACGCUGCAAGCAAUGGAUCUGCUGCUCGGUGCUCACCCAUCAUCACAGGCAAUCAACGUGAAGCGUGAGCCGGAGGAUCUGCGCAAGGAGCCGAAAAAUCCGCGCAACCAAAAGGUAUCGUCGCCGUCACUGCACAUUAAAGAACCUCCACCCAGCCCUGGAAGUCCUUCAACGGAAACCAUGUAUGCUGCCCCCGGCAGCACGCAGAUCUACCUGCAGGGUCCUUCCCAUCAGAACAGCACAGCAGCCACGGCCAGCUCCAAUGUGAACACCAACUCACCCAGCCCCAGCUCCUACGCACAGUAUGACAUGUAUCCGCCAAACAGACUUGGCCCGGGUGGCACAACGUUCAUCACAGAGCCCUACACCUACCGCGAGUACUUCGACAACCAGGGGUACGCGCCGGCCCGGACCAUCUACGGUACGGCGGCAGACUCGGAAGGUCCACAGCCGGCCACCACGUACGAGGGUCGGUUCACGAAGACGGGCUCGAUCUACACCAAGACCAUCACAUCCGCCGGUCUGACGGUGGAUCUGCCCAGUCCCGAUUCCGGCAUCGGUGCCGAUGCGAUCACGCCGCGCGACCAGAACAACGUCCAGCAACAGUUUGACUAUGCGGAACCGUGCCAGGCACCGAUCGGUAUGGUCGAUCCGAACGCAGCCGGCCACAUACCGGCCUGCGUCGCCAGUCUGCAGCGCAAUCUGGCCAUCAACGGGAGCCAGCCGAGCCCGACCACGUCGCUCGGCGGUUCGUCGACUGCGGCCGCCGUCGCUGUGGCCGGUGCUGCAGCGGCACCCCGCUCCCGACCCUGGCACGACUUUGGCCGCCAGAAUGACGCUGACAAAGUUCAGAUACCAAAAAUAUACACGGACGUUGGCUUCAAAUACUAUCUGGAAAGCCCGAUCAGCUCGUCCCAGCGCCGGGAAGACGAUCGGAUAACGUACAUCAACAAGGGCCAGUUCUACGGCAUUACGCUCGAGUACGUGCACGAUCCGGACAAGCCGCUCAAGAAUCAAACCGUCAAGAGCGUCAUCAUGCUGCUGUUCCGCGAGGAGAAAAGCCCCGAGGAUGAAAUUAAAGCCUGGCAGUUCUGGCACAGUCGGCAGCAUUCGGUCAAGCAGAGAAUAUUAGAUGCCGACACGAAGAACUCCGUCGGGCUGGCCGGUUGCAUCGAGGAAGUAUCGCACAACGCGAUUGCCGUCUACUGGAAUCCUCUCGAGAGCUCUGCCAAGAUCAACGUCGCCGUCCAGUGCCUGAGUACGGAUUUCAGCAGUCAAAAGGGUGUUAAGGGUUUACCGCUGCACCUCCAAAUCGAUACGUUCGAAGAUCCGCGUGAUACUAGUGUUUUCCAUCGGGGUUACUGUCAAAUCAAAGUCUUUUGUGAUAAGGGUGCCGAACGGAAGACACGCGACGAGGAACGGCGAGCGGCGAAGCGCAAGAUGACCGCCACCGGGCGGAAAAAGCUGGACGAGCUGUACCAUCCCGUGGUCGAUCGGUCGGAGUUUUACGGUAUGAGCGAUCUGAUGAAACCACCAGUCCUGUUUUCGCCCUCCGAGGACAUCGAUAAGCUAACAUCGAUGGAUAUGCAGUUCUACGGGCACGAUGCGGACUCACUGUCCGGCACGUCGGACAACGUCAAGUCGCCGUUCCUGCUGCACGCGAACAAACCGGCAACGCCAACGCUGAAGUUCCACAACCACUUCCCACCGGACGUACCGACCAGUGACAAAAAGGAUCCGAGCAUCAUCAUGGACGGUUCGAUGGUGACCAACUCGAUGGUUGACUUUACGCCCCAGAUCAAGCGCCAGCGGAUGACGCCGCCGCUGAGCGAGCGGGUCAUGCUGUACGUCCGCCAGGACAAUGAGGAUGUCUAUACGCCCCUGCACGUCGUGCCGCCGAGUACGGUCGGGCUGCUGAAUGCGAUUGAAAAUAAAUUCAAAAUUUCCUCGUCGAGAAUUAACACUAUUUAUCGCAAAAAUAAGAAAGGAAUUACGGCGAGAAUUGAUGACGACAUGAUCAGACACUACUGCAACGAGGACAUCUUCAUACUGGAAGUGCAACGGUACGAGGAGGACCUGUACGACAUCACGUUAACGGAGCUGCCAACGCACUAGACACGUGACGUUUCUCCUUUCCUUCGUGUUAGGUUCUUCUUCUUCUCCUCCUCCUCCUCCUACCCCGUCGUCCGCAGUGCCAUACUAUUGUGCGCCAUUCUGUGCUUAGUGCCCCUCCCUGCAACCACACGGGACGAACACGAAACACUGUCAUGAAAAUGCAUAAAUCUUGCCAUCGGCGCCGUAUAGGUAGUCGGCGCCACACCCGCCCGCCGUGUGCCACCGAGCAGUCGGAAGCUGCUGCUGCUGCUGCUACAAUGCCAACGUGCCAAACAACGUGCGCAUAAACACUUAGGACCACCGGGAGAAAAGGGAAGGGAGGACGUACGAUAGAAGGACGAUUAAGAGUUAGGAAAGGACAAUCCGUUAAGUUUUAGCCAUAGCAAGAUUAUGGUUUUGUUAGUGUAAGCGAGCAAAGUUCACAAAACAAGUUGGUGUUUUACUAUUAUUAUUAUUAAUUUUAUUAGUUCUUUCAGUAAGAAGAAUAUAAACAAAUGAAUUAUCAGUACCGAAACCGCAGUACAUUCCAUUAUAUAGUAAGUGUUUUCUUUUACUUUCGCUAAUCGUUUUGAGAUUAUCUUAAGGAGGUUUUGAAAAUGGAUGGAAAUCUUUGGGAAAAACGAAGAGGUAGAAACAGUAAUUGUGCCUUAGCAGCAAAGCAAAACACACAAAAAACUAGGCACAGCACAAAUGCUCUGUACGUUUGCAUGCACCAUAGAACAGAAACCACCCCUUGUACAUAGAAGACAAACAUUUGCAGCGUUUUGUCUGUGUGGCAGAGCACCGAACAGCUGAGACAAGCGGAAUUAGUUUUAAAAAAAAGAUAGGGAAAGCCUUCUUCAGCAGCAUUUGCGUGCGCGGUAGUGUUUAAGUAAGCGAAUUAACGUUGAACAACUUUUAUUUAUUUUGAGACUUAGUUUGUGUACUACUGCAGUAAGACAAAGCGUAGUCCGGUGUUUUUUCUUGAGAUUUUUUUCCAACCGUGUACUGUUGAAGCUGUUUGUUUAAUUAAUCAUUGUUGUAUCCUUUCGCCUUUUCUUUCGCUUUUGGUAACACACAGUACUUACAAGCGCGCGUUUACAGGAUAAAUGUUUGCAUUUUAAAAUCGGACGCUGGAAAUGCUCCUCUCCCUCUCCCACCCAUCCGUACAGGCCAUGCGAUUAAUAAGAUCUCAAAAGGAAACGAGUGGCGGAGUGGCGCAGGAUGGUAGUGUGUGUGUGUGUGCGCGCGCAACAAUCUAAUGAUAGAUGUAUUGCUCAAAUGAAAUUCUAAUAAGCACGCCACCUCUUUUCCCUUCCCUCCAUUUUUUGCCAUAAGCUGUUAGGUGAAACGACAAAUGAUUUUCAAACGAACCGUUAUGAAGGAAAGCAACACUUGUGUGUGUAAUAGUAAUUGUAGUCGUUUUUAACACACCCCGUUACGAUAUUGUUUUAAUGGUUAUUAUUUUUUUCGUCCAACAAAAAAAAAUGGGGGGAAACGGCGGUUAUACCGCACGAAAGCAUGCAAUAUUAACAGUUAGACCUUUAGAGAGUACGACACGAUGGUCGAAGAAGCCCAUUGUUGCUUCUGGCUUAGAUUGUAGAACGAUUUCUUAUGCUCACACCGAGACAACAUCAUUCCAACACAGAUCCAUGACAGUAUUUUGUUGAGCAUAAUGAUCGUGUUCUGUUCGAGUUUGAGAUGAAAUUGAACGCUCAUUUUCGGUAAAAAGCGAUGGAGUGUUUGCCGCGGCGCGUGAGUCGUGCAUUUUUUUAUACGUUAUCGAACUGCCAUAUUGCGGAAUACAAAUAGAGCGUAAGGAAGGAAGGAUUGGAUUUUCAAAAAUGGAAAAGAAUAAGAUUUCUUCAAACAACUUUUUAGUAAUUUGACGUGUAAAGAUCAAACGAUGAGACAGACAGAGAGAUACGAGGUGAACGAAUGCGAUGAAUUUCUUAUUAUCUAAUUGUUAAGUACCUGAGGCGCAUGAUCUUCGCUGCGAGAUGUAAAAGUGCCGUAAAUGCAAUGCUUAAGAGAACACACGCGAGAGAAAGGUAUAUCAUUCACACGAUGCCCAAGUUUACAUGUUUUGUUGUAUUAAUGUCACUUCUCUUUUGUAACUUUUCUCGAAACACAAAACACAAACGGUGGCAACUCCUGAAAGGAAAUGUGUAUUGCAAACACGCGAACAAGAAACAUGUGAUAUUUAAAAAGAAAACGAAGAAACACGAAACAAACAAAAGAAGAAAGUGUUGGAAGAAUCUUAAAAACUGUUCUAUUCUCGUACUAUUCGUAAAAACCGUUGAUCCUUUUUCGUGGUGGAUAAUGUAUUGCUCUUUAGGAACGGUUGAUUUUUUUUUAUAUAAACAUUACAGUAUGUGCGAGAGUUUGCGCGUGCGCGUGUGUGUGUGUAUGUGUGUAUGUGUGGUUUGUAAAAAGCAGCAUAAAACAGCAGCAGCAUCGAAUAAGCCCUCCGAAGCAUGUAACGGAGUGAGCAUACGUUUUUUUUUUGUCUCUUCUUUUUAUUCUUGCAUAAUUGAUCGAGUUGCCAUAACGUAGGAGCAAGGAUUUGCAUUUUAUUUUUGUUAUAAAUAGGUAUAUGAGCGCGUGUGUUAGUAUUUCUUUAACCUUGCUUACUAUAUCAAAACACGCUGUGGUAUUCUCCCAGAGUGGCCAAACGCGUUGUGCGAUGGAGAGGACGGAGCAGGCAGAGGAUCGAAUGAUCGAUCGUGAUAGGAUACUGAUACUUUAGAAGAACAGGAAGGCAGUGAAACGGUAGCGGUGCAUAUUCAAGCGCCAUCUAUCAGAAAAGUGAACAAGCACUGCAUUAA